AAAGUGCAGGUUUUGGCCGGAAAGCUGGCCUGGUGCCUAGAGUUCCAAUUAAAAUUGAAAUGUUGGACCUCUUCAAAUUCCGAUCCUUUUAAUUAGACUCAACGACUCCAACUAUCGCCAUGGUUCGCGUCGCCAAUACCGCGUGGCGCGUGUUUGGGCGGUUUGCCGACAACACGAAGAUCCUGAGCGUGAACGCGGCGGUAUACUCCCCUCUCGCGUCUGAAAACAGCGAGUUUCGGCUCCUUCAUCUGGGCCCGGGACCGCCAGACUCGCCCGUCAAGGCCUCCUUGACCACCCACCCCCUCCUGGACGGCAGCGCACCUGUAUACGACGCGCUGUCCUAUGUCUGGGGCGAGCCGCGGUUCACGUCCGUCAUACACAUCAACGGUUCGGCCUUCUUCGUCACAAAGCACUUGGCCAAAUGCCUCAGUGCCCUGCGACUGCCGGACCAGGAGCGCCUGAUCUGGAUCGAUGCCAUAUGCAUCAACCAGAAUGACAUCCCCGAACGGCAGCAGCAGGUUGCCCUCAUGGGCCACAUCUACAAGAAUGCGGACAAGGUGCGCGUGUGGAUGGAUAGUGAUGUCGAUCUAUCUAGUCCGGCCGUCCAGGGGCUCGUGAACUUUCCUUACGAGAAUACCACUGUCGGCGACCUCGGCAACGACCCCGAAUUCUGGCUGCCUCUCAAGGGCUUCUUCACCGAUCCAUAUUGGAACCGUCUGUGGGUCCAGCAGGAGCUUUUCUUCGCCCGGACCCACGUCUUUGUUGUUCCAAACCUGGAGAUUGAUGGACGCUGCGUCGACAGCUUCCUAGCAUUGCUCAUGGACAUUGCCAACCGUGAUCUUCAGUACAAGAGCGGCUGGGCAAAGCUGCACCUUGACUUUGACGUCUUCUCCCAAGUAAAGAUGCUGGGCUUUCUCCGCACUCGGCCUCGCGUCCCCCUGAUUCAAAACCUGGUCACAGGCUUGAUCUUGGAAGUCACCAAUCCCCGCGACCGAGUCUAUGGUAUGUUGUCGCUAUCUAACGACGGUGACGACCUCCUCCGCAACGGGUUGACCAUCGACUAUAAAAAAAGCGUCGGCGCCGUGUAUAUGGACACGACCCUCGCGCACAUCAAGACAUCGGGAAACCUGGAUUUCCUCCAGCAUGCCUCACGGCCUCCCGCAUCCGACUCCUCGCCUUCCACGGCCACAGACCCUGACAGGCCGUCCUGGGUUCCCAACUGGGACACUAUGACCGGCCGCUAUAUAACCUCCCACCCAGGAACUCGUGCAGACUGCCGCAUUCCGAUCCUCCGCAAUCAAAAACUACCGCCUCCACCCGGAGUCCUCAAGGUCCAUGGACUGCGCGUCGCUGCGAUUGCCCAAGUCUACCACGAGUCAAGCAGCUGGAGGGUCGACCAUCUCGGCACGACAGUGAAGAACCUCGAUGACUUUUGUCAAAAGGCACUUGAAACAAUAGAGACAGACUCCACCACAAAGGAUGAUUUGUUUCGUCUCGUUAUCCAGGGCCUUAUUGCCGCCCGAGCGAGUGAGCUUCUACCCAAGUUUCUAAAAAGCGAGGCCGAAGUGCUCAAGGCCCUACACGACAUUGCCGAUGGCUGCUCCGAGUUUGCCGCGCUCGGGCCGGACUUUUGUCGCGGCAGGUUUGACCCCGGCGAUGUCAUGGACCCCGUGCUAAAGCACGUGGCCCACCGCAUAGCGGACGCGAGCCGGCUCGACGGCAUGGCCUUCACCACAGCCGGCCAGUUCGUCACGACGAUCAAGGACUCGGUCGCCGUUGGGGACCACGUCUGGAUCCUCCUGGGAUCUGAACUGCCUAUGGUCCUGCGACGCACUAGCCAGGGUCACGCCUCUGAGGAUGUGAUGGAAGAGUGGGAAGUAGCUUGCCCAUGCUUUAAUCCCGAGCUCAAGCGCGGUGAGCCACUGGCCACCAUUUGUGGCGAGGAUUCCAAUGUCGUGGGUGUCCAGGGGAUGCCAAAGGAUAAGCAUAUCCUUGUGUAUCGAGCCGUGAGUGAAAUCUGGCUUUGCUAAGGCGAGUGGGGACAUGGAGCCUCGCCUGGGUUUGAGGGCAUAGAAACGACCGGAUUCUGGAACCUAGGUGACUCAGUUCUUGGAUUGCAAGUAUUUGAGGCAGGGCUGUCUUGCUGAUAGGUGCGCACUAUUAAGUUAAAGAGAGCGUCUUCU